UUGAAUUUUAAGUUUAUUUUAUGGUAGAAGAUGCGACCUUGACCUUACUCUGUAUCAUCUAAAUGCAUUAUUUGGGCGAAGUUAAUAAGCGUCUAGAGUCAUUUAUUUGGAUGAAUGUCAAUAAUUUUAUUUUUCAAAAGGAAAAUGUUUUCGCGUUUAUUGAAUAUUUCUAUUAAGACUGGCUUUCCAGUUCAAUUCCUGGAAAGUUCUUCAGUCCAAACUUCGCAGUACACAUGCCGUUGUAUGAGCUCAAAAGUUGAGGAAAUAUUGAAUCAAACAGACAGAUUACAUCAUCAUGUUGAUGAUUGUGACACAAGAAAAACAUACAAAAAUAUCAUGCAGAGAGUCCCUCAACCAGUUGUGGUAGUGACAUCUGGAUACCAUGAAGAUGGGAUGUGGCAUAAGCGAGGAAUGACCUGUACAUCUUUCACUAGUGUUUCUUUUACUCCACCUAUUGUAUCAAUUUGUCUAAAGAUUCCAAGCAAAUUCCAUGACAUUGUAAACAAAACAAAACAUUUUGCUAUCCAUACCUUGGCGAACCAUCAGGUGAACUAUGGAAUGACAUUUGCAGUAAAUAUACCAGGAGUAAACCAGUUUGCUAAUAUAGCCCAUCAUGAUAGUGCACAUGUUCCAGGAAUUCCUGUUCUGCUAGGUUGUUGUGCAGUAAUGGAGUGUAAGG